UCUUACGGUAAAGACGUGUCUCCAGGCAAAAAGCUUACGGGAUUUCGGUCGAACACCUCAAAAGCGUACCUUCUCGAGAACCCUCUUGCCAUCAAGCGAACGAGAGUGGAGCGACGAUCAGCCUCCAGCCCUGGCCAUGUCCUCCGCCUCGAGGAAGCGCCCGAAGCCCAGGGCUCGAGAUCCCUCUCCGCCGUUCCGUCUCUUGAGGGAGCCCCCUCACUCUCUCUUCCCUUCCAAGGACGAGCUCCUGAAGCUCGUCGCCGUGAUCGCCAUUGCCGCCUCCGUGGCCGCCGCCUGCAACUACGUCGUAGGCUUCUUUAAUCGUCAGCCCAAACCCUUCUGCGACAGCGGCGGAGAGCUUCAAGAUCCGGUCUCCGAUUUUUGUGAACCUUGUCCGGAAAAUGGGCAGUGCUCUGAUGGCAAGUUAGAAUGUGUUCAUGGAUAUAAAAAGCAUGGAAGGAUAUGUAUAGAAGAUGGAGUAAUUAAUAAAACAGCUAAGAAACUCUCAGAGUUACUAGAACGGCAUGUUUGCGAUGCAUACGCACGGGUUUUGUGCGAUGAAGUUGGGAAGAUCUGGUUUGAUAAGGCUGAUAUUACAAAGAUACUUGAUGAUCAUGUAUUGAAGGAAAGUAUUGGCUUGAAAGAUGACACUUUUACUUUUGCAAAGCGUAAAGCUAUGGAAACUGCAGAAAGCCUUUUGGAGACAAGGACAGUUCUUGAUGGAGGCAGAGAGUUUAAAUGUCCGGACUUGUUAGCAGAACUCCAUAAGCCUAUCUUUUGUUGCAUCCGUCAGUGGAUCCACAGUCACAUCUUACUUGUGGUGGCAAUUUCUGGUUUGCUUUUAGGGCUAACAAGGUUCUUGUGGAUCAUACGUCGAAAAAUGUAUCUCUCAAGCAGGGCUGAAGAACUUUAUGAGCAGGUAUGUGAAAUUCUUGAAGACAAUGCCAUGAGAGCUAAGACUGCACAGGAUGAAGGUGAACCUUGGAUGGUUGCUUCUUGGUUGCGGGAUCAUUUGCUUCUACCAAAGGAAAGGAAGGACAAGCAGUUAUGGAAGAAGGUUGAAGAAUUGAUUGUAGAAGAUUCUCGUAUAGAUCAGCAUCCAAAGUUGAUCAAGGGAGAGUCAAAAAUCGUAUUGGAAUGGCAAGUUGAUGGUUCACUUAGUUCAAACAUGAAGUUGAAACGAGCUACAAGCAAGACAAAACUUAGCAGCAGCAUUGAUGUAUCUUCUGGGCAUGAACAAGGUAAAACUAACAUAUGUAAAUCCCUGUUUUCAUAGAUGGCAUUCUGGAUGUACGAAAUGAGAUUGAAGAUAUAUAGUGUGUGUUUUACCUUGAACCCAUCUCUAGAAUGAUAACAAUCAGCCUUCUGUCCCUUUCUGCUUGCUGACGGAUUAUGUAUUGCGCAAACGAUCCAUGGCAUAUCGGCUAUAUGAACAUUAAUACUGAUUUUUCUGAAUGAUAUGCUCAGUGAUUGCUCC